UGACCAAACAUAUAAAAAGCUUCAGCCUUGGGCAUCUUGAGGCAUCUUUCCCCCAUUUCUUCUGCCCUCCUAUCUUCAAGGACUGCUCUCUCUCUCUCUGCAGCUUCACUUUGCUUCCUCUCAGCCCACAGAUCUCUCUCUCUCUCUCUCUCUCUCUCUCUCUCUCUCUCUCUAAAGCUCAGAUCACUGCCAAGCAGGUACUCGAAACAAUUUUAGCUCGUAGUACUUGGACUUAUGAGCUCAAAGACAAAGCCUUUUGCUCUUAGUGCUUGUAGUACUUGGACUUAAAGUGUUCGUGUCGUGCGUACUUAUCAGAUAGUCAUGCAGGAAGCGACUCCUGCCCCUGCUCCCAGUGCCCAACUUGUUGGCAAUGCCUUCGUGGAGCAAUAUUACCAUAUUCUUCACCAAUCUCCACAGCUGGUGCAUAGGUUUUAUCAGGAUUCGAGCUCACUAAGCAGGCCGGAUACCAAGGGCAAUAUGACAACAGUGACAACCAUGCAAGCAAUAAGUGAAAAAAUUCAGUCCUUAAAUUAUGGAGACUAUACGGCAGAAAUAAAAACAGCAGACUCUCAAGAGUCUUAUGAGAAAGGGGUGAUUGUUCUUGUGACUGGAUGCUUGACUGGAAAGGACAAUGUGGGAAGAAAAUUCGCACAGACAUUCUUUCUAGCUCCACAGGAGAAAGGUUACUAUGUAUUGAAUGAUGUUUUUAGGUAUAUUGAGGACAACGAAUCAUUGCCGACCGAUACUGCCUCAGUCAAUGGCGUCAAUGAAAGUGCUCCAGAAGCUAUUGUGACAGCAGAUCCAGAGCCUAUUCACGCUCCCGAUCAUCUUGUGGUGGACCCUGCUACUCCCUCUGAGGAAGAAGAUCUCAAUAAUGGUGCUGAAGUUUGUGAUCCUUCAGAUAAUGACGAAGGAUCGGUUGUUGAAGAUGAGCUUGUGGAGCCUGAGCCCCCAGCUCUUGCAAGUCAGAAUAGAGGUCUUGCAGAAGUUGAACCAACCCCUGAUCCUGCCCCUGAAACUCAGGAGGAUGCUCCAAAGAAAUCAUAUGCAUCAAUUCUAUUGGAGAAAAGCACAGCCAGUCCUGUCCGCGUGGUUUCCCGUACUGUGAGGACAGUAUCUGCAAACAGUGAUCAUCAAUCCGCUGGUCCUGCAAAACCAUUUCCUGCGCCAGAGGCAUCAGCUCCUAUAGGUGACGCUGCCCCUGAAAGCAGUAACACUCAUGAGGAAGCACCUGAAGGUUACUCCAUACAUGUACGGAAUUUGCCGUACGAUGCAACAGUGGGACAACUUGAGAAGGAGUUCAAGAAGUUUGGGCCUAUUAAGCGUGAUGGGAUCCAAGUCAGGAGUAGUAAGCAGCAAGGAUUCUGUUUUGGCUUCGUUGAAUUUGAAAGCUUGAGUUCCAUGCAAAGUGCACUUGAGGCCUCACCUAUCACCAUCGGGGAUCGCCUAGCAGUGAUUGAGGAAAAGAGAACAUCAACUCGAGUUAGUAGUGGUGGGAGAGGGAGGUUCACUUCAGGAAGAGCUGGCUAUCGGAAUGACAAUUUCAGGGGUCGUGGGAACUAUGGUGGUGGUGGCCGUAGCUUUGGCAGGAAUGAAUUCAGAAACCAGGGUGAGUUUUCUGGGCGAGCCAGGGGCUCGGGAGGACGCAGUGGAGAUGGUUAUCAGCGGGGGAGUUCCAAUGGAAGAGGUGGGCGUCAAGGUGGGGGAAACCGCAUUGCCUUUCCCCCUACUUAAUGUUUUUUGAGAGAAAGUGGUGGAUAGACAAUUUUUUUGCACACAAGAGGGUCACUAUUUCUUCCCUUUCUUUUCCUUCAAUUGCAAUUUGUCGGAUAAAAGAGUUGUAUUGAGCUAUUAGAAACUUAGGUUUUUUGUUAAAUUUCGAGUUUCUGCGAAGAUUCAUGUUUUUUCCCCUUCCUUUUUUGGAUAACCUAUGUUUAUCUUUAGAUUAUUUUCGUAGAGCUUACACGGCAUGAGCAAGUUGUGUUAGUUCAACGUACUUCUAUGAAUCCAGAUCUAUAUAUUUAUGUUAUUUCGGUCA